GGCGCUUCCAUUCCAAGCUCAGAGCUCCUUCCCCAUUCUCUCUCCAGUCUCCACCGUCUUCUUCCUCUAGUCCUCUUGCCCGCUCGCACGCAGACUCCCUCUCCAGUCUCCACCGUCUUCUUCCGCUCGCUCGCUCUCCACGACCCCCAGCGCCGCGCGGCCGUCUCGGGCUCCAAGGGCCGCGCGAUGGGGUGGGCGGCGCGGUUCCUCACGGCGGCGGCGUUCCUAGCCGCGGGGCUCCUCUUCGCGCCCGACGCGCUUGGCCUCGGCGGCGGCAACGCGACGGCGGCGGCGAGGCUGGUCCACCUCCUCGCGUUCGCCACCGGCUGGGGCGCCGGGCUCUGGGUCACCUUCGUCGGCGGCAUCGUCAUGUUCAAGUACUUGCCGAGGCACCAGUUUGGGAGUCUGCAGGGGAAAAUGUUCCCAGCGUACUUCACUUUGAUAUCAGUCUGUUCAGCAAUAUCUGUGGCAGCAUUCGCAUACCUGCACCCUUGGAAGACAUCAUCAACCAUCGAGCGCUACCAGCUUGGAUUCCUUCUUUCAGCCCUUGGCUGUAACCUGUCAAACCUUCUGGUCUUCACACCUAUGACUGUUGAGAUGAUGAUGAAGAGGCACAAGAUGGAGAAGGACCUCGGCAUCGGCACAGAGGUUGGGUACUCCAAGAACGCAGAGACAGCGAAGAGGAGCCCCGCCCUGGCAGCGAUGAACCGCAAGUUCGGGAUGAUCCACGGGCUGUCGUCGCUGGCCAACAUUAUGUCCUUUGGUAGCCUGGCCAUGCACUCGUGGUACCUCUCCAGCAAACUCGACCUUUGACUGCUUGACUGAGGGCUUUGCCACGCUCUGAAGCUGCUGCUGCUGCUGCUAGCCGGUGACCACAAACUGCGAACUUAGCCUAGGUUUCUAUGGAGAAAAGAAAGAGUUCUGUCGGUGUGAGAACCUUGGUCCUUGCGGUGAUAUGAAGAACUUUAAUAAUGUACAGAAUGCAGGCAGUUCAUUUCAUUUUGAAAUUUGUCUAUUGGAAAUAUAUCUGGCAAAAUUCUAGGAUUUUACAAGGCAGAUAGAUCAGUAAA